UCACACUAUUAAUACUUUGCAGAGGGUGUGAAGUAGGGUACAGCCUACAGGUCUGUCGCUUGCUGAAAAACGACACAGACGGCGUACGUGCACUUAGCGGACACAUCACAGCACAAAGGAGAGUUUCUUUAGAAAACAUGCAUGUCGCACCACUUGCAUUUCCCUGAUUUGGACUCUUCAUUGUGGACAUACCGGAGUUUCAGCACCUUGCCAUUAUGUCAAAAUCAUGUGAGUAAGUCUCCAUUUUCCUCUGCAACUCCUUCCACAUCUGAAGUAUUGAUAGUUCACACAAGUGAAGCUGAGGAAUGGGCCAAAUAUCUUCAGCAUGUCUUAAGAUCAUCUCAAAUGAUCCCAAAGAACUUGAUUCACCUGUACCCAGUUUAUGAUACAGCCUCCUUGCAGGAGGAUGACUAUGACGUUUUUAACUGUAGCAGAUGCAUUGUGCUUUUGCUAUCCAUGGCUUUCUUGGACAUGCAGAACAACCCAGAGGUGCUCGAAGUUUUAAAGAGACUUUUUUAUCCUCCAAACAAAAUGGUUCUGUUCUUCUGUGGGGUCUCAGAGAGUGAGAUGCUGAGUAAUUACUUUGAAGACUGGAAGAAAUGGAGGAAACUCUACCCAGAUGAUGACCCAGCAAUAUACAUUUCCACCAUCCUUGAGUCCCUUUCUGAUGGUGAAGAUUAUGGGACUGACAGUAAGACGGAGAGACAAGAAGACUUUGACACACUAAAGGACUUGAGAGAAGAUGCCCCACGCUCGGCACCAACAGAGGAUCCCCCUCAAGCACUGGCGUUGCCUGAAGAAAGCUGUGGAUCUUCCACUGAGUUGCAGAUACCAGCAAUGGGCUCUGAUACCGAUCUCUGUCUCACGGUUCAGCCAGACAGAAUACUUUGUGGGGCACAUGUGAGGAUUUACAUAAUCCUAAAAUGUAAGUUGGACACCCAAGCGGAGGCUUAUGUUGAGUUUUCGUCUGAAGAAUGUGAUGCGAAAAGGAAGCCAGGAAAGGUUGAGAACGAAUACACUGUUAGUGUGAAUUCACCUGCCAUGCCUUCAGGAACUGUUCUGAUUACUGUGUACAGCAGUCAAGUGGCUGUUUGCACAACACAUGUGACAUAUUUCACUGGGAUGGAGGAAGUCAGUAAGUACCUAGAAAAUAUUGCCAGUCCCAUGGAAUUCAUGUGUCAGGCUUUUAAUGUUGCAUCCAGCACAGAAAGUCUGGACAGUUUAUUGACAGACUUACUGAAAAGUAGAAUACCUGCAAGUGGCCUCAGUAUCUUUGGAAUAAGUCACCUUGAGCAAGAAAACAUGUCAUCUUAUCAGAGAAAUGAUGAGUUACCCACGUUGCUUCAUUUUGCUGCAAAGUACGGACUAAAGAAGCUCGUGACGGUUCUCCUGCAAUGUCCAGGUGCUCUACAAGCAUACAGUGUUAUGAACAAGUUUGGUGACUAUCCAAAUAAUAUUGCCGAGAAGCAUGGAUUUUUGGAAUUGAGGCAAUUUAUGGAUGAGUAUGUUGAGACAGCACACAUGUUGGAAUGUGAAACUGUGACACAGGCAGAAAAUGAAGAUGUAUAUGAAUGCAUGUCAAAGUGUCAAGACAUCUUGAGACACUCCCUAAAUUCUGGUUGUAAGGAUGACAUCUCUGAGACAACAAUCAAAAUGAACCUUGACUGUAUCGAAGACUUGUAUGAGGAUAUGGAAAAAGUCUGGCAAGAAUCCUCCAACACAGAAGAGGAUGCACUACGAAAAUUUUUUCAAGCUGGGGCAUCAGGCAAAUUCCUGAAUUAUACAGAAGAGGAGGAAAACACCGAAAAAGGAGAAGAUGAAGGAGAAGAAAACCCAGCAGAUGAACUGGAAGAGCCCUAUAACUUCUGUUUGUCUGACGAAAUAUACGACACUGUAGAAUUUAUAAAUGAUACACCAGAGAUCCUCAAUCGUCCACCAGCACCUAUUCCUAGGCCAUGUGCUGUGACUGAGUCAGAAGACACUAAGACCUAUAUUUCCAAAGUCUUCUCAGAAAAACAAACAAGGCCAAAGACAAAGAAUGCCAAAGACAGCCAACUUUUAACAGGAGCGCUCCAAGAUGGGCCUCAAACGACAAACUACGACCCAUAUGCUGGAAUGAAGACUCCGGGACAGAGACAACUCAUUUCACUACAAGAGAGAGUGAAAGUUGGAGCAAUAAGUGUGGAGGAAGCAGUUCAAGAAUUCAAAGAGUGGCAACGGAACCAGGAGAAGAGAUCUCAAUCGCUGCGCUUUCAGCAGGAAAACCUGAAAAGAUUAAGAGAGAGCAUCACAAGACGGCACAAAGAAAAAGUGAAAGAAGGAAAAGACAUCGAUCUGGAGAUCACCGCUCCCCUGCAGUACAGCUGCCAUCGCAGCACUCUGGUGAAGAUGGAGUGUGCCGUGUAUGAGCCGAGCCCACGUGUAAAGAGCGGUGCCACACAGCCCAUUGAGAGAGGCUCCUGGCAGAGCGGGAGCACUUCAAGUACAUCAAGUACUCGCAGCAACAGACAGAGCACACACAGCACCGUCAGCUACAGCAGUGGAGCAGAAAAUGAUUAUGAGGAAAAUUUUGAGCACCAGGCUCGUCCUCCUUGUGUGUUCCGCACUCCUGAGGUACCACCUAUGACACCCCCCCCUCCAAUUCCACGCCGGAUACCUGACAGGAUGCUGGACGGCUCUCUGCAGGACAUUUACACAUCCAGCCCUUCUCGCACUCUUCCUCAAAGGCCCCCCCUGAGGCCGAGCUCCCCCCCACCUAUUCCAAGGCGAAACUGGUGACGAAAACAUACAUAAUAAUGUGCUCUUUUUCACGCGUGCCUAUUUAAGUUCUGCCGUACACAACUGGACUGAGUUGUCUGAGCUUUACAGGUUUAUCUCACUCUUGAGGAAACUGUACGAAAGAGCAGAUGACGCGUUACAGUUGUUGGCUGUGAACUUUAUCACAUCCUGUGGAAAACACAGUGGCUGAAGAGCAUAAAUAAAUAAUCUUUAUUUAGUGUCACUUCAUUUUCCUCCAAUGUGGCUUAGUGCCAUACACAAUUAUUAUUUCAGUAACAUUCUAUUUGCAGUAUUUUCCCACAAAGAUAUAGCAGCAGAAUGGGAAAAUGCUCAAACACCAACCUGUUACACGGCUCGAGUAACAUUCGGCUCGGCAAACGGACAAUGUAUAUGUCAGCACGCAUAUUUCAUGGAGCUGUGGCAAUCUCCGUAGAAAACUGAAGGAAUAUUAAAAAAAUCAUCUAUAAUGACAGCACAAGAGCGGUGCCACCUAUUUACAAAGGUACGGGAAUAUUCUUAUUUUAAAAAAAUAUUGAAACAUACUGUACUGCAAAAUACAGUGA